ACAUCGCGACGCUUUCUAACGCUACUUGACGUCCUGCCUACACCUUGCGCCAUAUCUACCUCAAUGGCCUCGCCAAAACCCUACACCUAUCCUUUCGCCGCCUCGCCGGACAUAAUACGCUCCCACCAGAAAGACGCCUAUUUCAGUGGCGUCCUUCUCGACCAGCUGUCCACGCUCCUCCGUAAAUUAUACGGCGCACGCAUCGCACACACUUAUGUAUCAGAAACGCGUGUCCUCGGCGAACUGCUGUAUCUUGGCCUCACAACACUCAUCGGCAACCGUACGCUAGGGGAGGAGUAUACGGAUAUUGUGCAGGUCGAGAGUGAGACUGGACGGUUCCCGGCACUAGGGAGAAGGGCAGGGUACAUUUUGGGAUGUAUAUUGGGACCCUAUCUUUUGGGAAGAUUACUACCCAAGCUGAGAAGGAGGGUGAAGGCAAAGUUGGAGGCCAACUUGAAGGCGUAUGGGAGACAGAUGGCAAGGGCACAACAUCACGCCAACGAGAGUGGGAGCAACAAAGCUGUAUCAAGACCACUGGGCAUGCGGAUACAAAACUACAUCCUCCAGAACCUCGACACCAUCACCUCGCCAUCACCGGUAUACGCGCUCUCACUCGCGACAUUUUAUUUCUCAGGGAGCUACUACCACCUCUCAAAACGCAUAUGGGGUCUUCGCUACAUAUUCACGCGCCACGUGCCCGACAGCGAUAACCGCGCGGGCUACGAAGUUCUCGGUGUACUUCUCGUUCUCCAAAUGGCCGUACAAGGCUACCUCCACCUACACAAUACCGUGACAAGCUCGACGGCAGCUGUUGGCGGAGGCCACCCAACAAGCACAUCAGCGCUCGUAGGCGGCGGCGCAGAAGUCUCCCUAGACCCAAAUGCAUAUAGCGCCAACAACGCCCUCUUAUUCGAUGCGGCAGCAACACAUCCUGCAACCCCUCCUUCAGACAUACAGAAGUGGACGCACACACCAGCAGCGGACAAGCCGCGGUAUGAGUUGGGGGAUGAAGACACCAUGGGGUGGAUUGGCGGCGGGAACAGGAAAUGUACUCUAUGUUUGGAGGAGAUGAAAGACCCUAGUGUGACGACGUGCGGGCAUGUGUUUUGUUGGACGUGUAUUAGUGAUUGGGCGCGAGAGAAGCCGGAAUGUCCGCUUUGUAGACAAAGCUGUCUGGUACAGCACGUACUUCCACUUCGAGGGUAGUACGACAGACAAACGAAAUGCAAACGAGUAUAGUCUAAACUGUCUAUAAUCUCCGUGGCACUAUGUUGAGCAGUCGAUGCGCCAAAAUGACUUGCUGAACUCGAAUCGGUCGUCCUAUCACAGAAUCAGCAUGUUUGUUCCCUGUGCGACGGAAGCGCCGCAAGGGGUCAAUUCAGCCUUGGAAAAAGUCCCUGAGCACCC